CUAGAAAAAAAUAGUCCCUGACCGUGAACAGCAACAACGCUCCAGUCAGUGUGUAAUAUACAUUAAAGCUCAAAUAAACACAAUAUAAGAACUGCAGUGUUGUGCAGUGAUACACAGAACCUGUUUGACUGUUUUAUAGUUUCUUUUAACAGUAUUAAUUGGGUCAUCAUAUAUGAAAAUAUUUAUCUGCUGUUAAAGUGUGAGGAUAAGGGCACUCGCACGAGAGGGAUCAUAUUUUACACGUAACAGAUUGAAUAUUUAAAUGAACUCAGUAUUUUGGACACUGUUUCUGCCUCUUCAUGACGACUCGCCUGCUGUACUCCUCAUUUCAAGAGGGCUCUCUGUGUGCGCAGCACUGCUUGAAUAACCUCCUGCAGGGCGAGUACUUCAGUCCGGUGGAGCUGUCGGCCAUCGCACACCAGCUGGACGAGGAGGAGCGCAUGCGGAUGGCGGAGGGAGGAGUGCAGACGGAGGAGUACAGGACCUUCCUACAGCAACCGUCGGGAAACAUGGACGACAGCGGCUUCUUCUCCAUCCAGGUCAUCAGUAACGCGCUGGGGGUCUGGGGUUUGGAGAUCGUUCUCUUCAACAGCAGAGAGUACCAGCAGUUACAGAUCGACCCCAUACACGAGAAGGCCUUUAUAUGCAACUAUAAGGAGCACUGGUUUACGGUGCGUAAACUGGGACAGCAGUGGUUUAAUCUGAACUCGCUGUUGACCGGACCGGAGCUCAUAUCGGACACAUACCUGGCCCUUUUCCUAGCGCAGCUGCAGCAAGAAGGUUAUUCCAUAUUUGUGAUCCGGGGAAACCUGCCGGAUUGUGAAGCGGAUCAGAUUUUGCGGAUCAUGCGAGUGGAGCAGCAGCAGCGGCCGAAGCUGAUUGGUGAAGACGAGGCCCAGAGGCUGACGGUGCCGCAGGUGUCAGACACCACACACACCACCGGGGAAGAAGCGCCGCUGGACGAGGAUGAGGAGGAGCUGAGGAAGGCUCUGGCUCUCAGUAGACAACACAUGGAGGUGGAGGACGAGGAGGCCGACCUGCGCAGGGCCAUCCAGCUCAGCAUGCAGGGCGGCGUUGAUCCCAGAAGCCCCGGGGCGGGUGUGACGGCGGGCUCGUCUCAUGAAUCGGGAGGCGUUGAGAAGGAGACGCUCUCGGCUGAGGAGCUGCGCAGGAGGAGACAGGUGUACUUCGACAGGCAGCAGCAGAACACACACACGCUCACGCCAGCACACCGCCGGUAAGAGCCUCCAGUACUC